AAAACCUCACUGCACUGCUAGUUCCACACGCGGGGCGCGUCAACGUGGCGUUGAGCUUAGUUUCCAAAUUCCAUUUCCCGGGACAGGCACGGAAUCCUUUAAUUUUCGUCGCUAAACUUUAUGCACAAGAACUCCUGCAUGUCCUGUCUUGCUGAGCGAGGCCAUACCUCAAUAUCAAAAAAGCGGUUUCAGUGAGACAUCUGCCUCAGCGAAAACAGUCUGACUGAUUUGCUAUUCAGGUCAGCCAAUCUUGACUUACAAGACACUCAUGGACAAUUUGUGGUCGAGCACCCAUAGUUGCUGUUUGGAUUGCCAGCCUGCUAUGGACAUUGUCGGUGGCAACUCUUGUCACAAUCCCCUGUGCAGAAUCAAAGACAGCCUGGUGUGGUUAGUUGUUCCCAAAUAGUGCAGAGAUUUUCAGCGAGCGCGAGUCUGGGAACCAGAUGCAGGCAGAAUGCCGCACGCUGAAAUCCACACCGACGUGCAUGAACUGCACACCCAACGGAACGGGCGUUGGUACUUUGGUGGGCUGGCUUCUGCAGGGGCGUGCUGCUUCACCCAUCCUCUAGAUCUCAUCAAGGUCCACCUACAGACCCAGCAGAAGGUCAAGUACAGGGCCAGUACCAUGGCAGUGUACGUUGUGCGCAACCAAGGGAUCCUUGCUCUUUACAAUGGGCUCAGUGCGUCUAUUUGCAGACAGAUGAGCUAUUCCCUGACAAGGUUUGGACUGUAUGAGACCAUUAAGCAUUGGAUGACAGCCGAUAACCCCACCAAGCCCCUGCCAUUCUACCAGAAAGUCAUGCUUGCUGCUGGGGCAGGAGCUUGUGGUGGUCUGGUGGGUGCACCUGCAGACAUGAUCAAUGUCAGGAUGCAGAAUGACAUCAAGCUAGCAGCUGACAAAAGAAGGAAUUACAAGCAUGCAUUUGACGGGCUAUGGAGGGUGUAUAGAUACGAGGGUUUCAGGAGUUUGUUUAAUGGAGCAUCGAUGGCCACAGUCAGAGCCGUCCUCAUGACCAUUGGACAGAUUUCGCUGUAUGAUCAGUUCAAGCAAAUUCUCCUAACCACUUCCUUCUUUAAAGACAACAUCAUCACGCAUUUCACAGCCAGCAUCAUGGCCGGUUUUUGUGCCACUCUCUUGACACAACCUACCGAUGUCAUGAAGACAAGAUUAAUGAAUGCCCCUCCAGGCCAGUACAAGAACUUUAUGGAUUGUCUGUGGACAACGGCCAAGCUGGGGCCCAUGGGGUUCUACAAGGGUUUCAUUCCAGCGUUUGUUCGUCUGGCACCACAAACCAUUCUCACCUUUGUCUUCUUUGAACAACUCCGACUGAACUUUGGCAUCGUGAUCUACAUCAACGACAAUAAGAACAAAAGCUAAAGUGAUGCAGAGGGGAAUAUCGCAACUUAAAGGUUUGAACAAAAAAGUGCCUGGCCAAGGGUGAUUUUCCACAACUAGUUCGUCCCUUAUUGAAAUGUCGCUUUGGAAUACCACCAGCUCUUGGUCGGAGCAAUUAGCAUUUUAAGCUUGAAUUGGUUAUUGCCAAGUACACAUGUAAGCUUGCCCAAACAUACAUUCAAAAAUAUUUCCAAAAUGUUUAUAGAUUUGUUUUCAACCUCCACAGUUUGGGCAUUUGUGCUACAAAAAAAAUUGGACUAAAGAACACUGAAUAAGUUUCAAAAGAAGCAAACAGAUUGUCCACAAGGGUUUGUCAGCCCCUUCAUUCAUAUGCAGUUCUGAAGACUUUAAAGGAGCACUCGAUUUGACACGGUGUGAAAACUUGAGUUGGGAAGUUUAGGCGGCUCAGCUAACAUCACUGCCAUACAAUCGUGGAAAACCAAACACCAUGAUUUCUUGAGAAUUGCUGGUGUAAAGGAUCCAUUGUUUGGUGAUACAUACAUGUCGUCUCCAUUCUUAAGUAUGUCGUCUCAUGAGAUACGAUAUACUCCCCUGGACGAUACACACCUUUCUAAGUAGUGUAUGAAUUAAAACCUGGUGCUCUGACCUUUGACUUUAGGUUGAAGGUCAAUGUAUUAAUUUACACAUAAGAUUAAUUAUUAGCUCACAUAUUUAGAAGGGCAUUAUUUGUAUUUAAAAGUUGGACAUCAAAAGAACCCAAAUGGUCCACCAAACUUUGUUUUGUUCAGUAAAUGCCCAAAGCAGUUGAUUUGAACAUGGUGAGCUGUAUUCGAAGAGUUAGUAAAAAUAACAAUUUUUGGCAGCUAGUUUUCAGCAGAACAUGUACAGGUGGUGUUCCCACUGAGGUCUAUUCCUUGGUGAUUAAACUACACCUUUGUACGCAUUCUGAUUAAAAUUGGCUGUGUAUACUUCGCGUGUGAAGUUGUGAACUACUGAAAGUUUCAUUUGAAGUUGGUCAUCUUGAAUUGAAGCGAUCCCAGUAAAAUUUGUCAAUCAACAUUAAUGAGUUCGACAAUAAUGCCACGGGCAAAUUAUAGAUUAAGCAUCCUUGUGCUACAUUGGGUGAUGCCAAAAAGUGGAUAAAAAGUCAUUUCAUCUUACAUGUACCUGUCAAAACGACACAUUGUUUUCGAAUUGAGUCUAUAUCUGUGAUUACAGCAAAAUAGUCAAGCUGGCUGUAAUAUCAGAGUAUCUUAUUAAUAUAAAGUGGAUUUGGGAAGUAUGAUCCAAAAUGGACAUCUCAAUUAUAAAGCUGACGAUAAUCAAGUGUCCUCGACCUUUCUUUCACUUUCUCUUUUACUGUUUGAGGAGGACAUGCUCCCAGAGGGCAGCAGCAUUGUUACAGUCGUGUAGAUCUUGUGGCAUCAAACCAUCUCUCAGCUGUCCCUUUUUUUCCUCUGUGAAACAUGUCACUGAUGCAACUGGACUGACAGUUGGUAUCGCAUUUUAGUAUGAUUGGUGCUAUGAAACACCUUUUAUGCACAGCUGUAUUGUAUUGUUUCCAUUGUUAUGUCCUGCUGGUUUGAAACCUCUCAAUUUCUAUUUUGUGUAGUAAAAAUUAGGCUGGUGUAUUUUUGAUGAAAAUGGAUAUAGGGUUAUUAUAAUUCUAUUUGAAAUGAAUCGUUGUGAAAGUAAUUACAUGUACAUCAGAUUAUAUUCUGAUCCAUGGAAUGUGACCCAGUUUUUCUUAUUUUGCUCCCAACAUGAAUUUUUAAACUGGCUUAUUUCAACCCAAUUCUUUAUGUAUUUUACUGUUGACCAGAAAGAAAAGUUACAGUUGAUGCUUCAAGUAGUUAACUUGAGGCCAGUUAGUUAAUGAUACGCUUGAUAAAAUUGUUUUCUGCCUUUUUCACUUUUGCCAUAAAGAGGCUAAACAUGCUUAGCCCUUAAUCCCAGCACCUUUUACCCACACACUUUCUAUCAAAAUUGUGAAAUGGUUUCAUUGGAGCACAAUUGACAUGGAAUCAUUUUAUCAGUUCUCAGAUUAGCAGUGGCCGUUCUUAGUUGGGGAAUUGGUAAGAUUUUGUCUGGUUUGUAAUAAAAGAAACUGUGCUAAUUAUUGGAACCAGAAAUUAGUUACCUACAAAGAUUCCUACAAAGUUUUGAAAAAUGCUGCUUUGAAAAGUUGAGAAUAAUGAUGCUGAAUAAUUUGUUAAAUGUACUUGUUUGCGUAUAAAUAUAAAUAUUGGUUUUGCCACAUCUUCAUUUUAAAUACUUCUUAGAAACAAGCCAAACUAAUCAUGUCAGUAUUUGAAUUUACAAAACUGAACAAAGAGUAUUAUUACAUACUAAUUCUUUUAUUCCAAAAAUGAAUGAGCUUCUCUUUAGGCAAUUGCAAAAGAAAUAAUUCAAUGUAAAUGCUUGAAUAUUCAGUGAGCUAGUGUGGCACAAAACAAAGUAAACAGAGCCAGUCAUGUUGGUUCUGUUUGCCCUGAUUACACAUUUCUGCCAGAGUUUCGACUUGUAAAACAGUUUAAACUUGUGAACAGACAGGCAGGCUGUAUUUUGAGUAAACAGUAGGAGCAUUUUAUGGUCGUACAAGUUGCAAUUUCCGUUUGCAGACCAAAAUGGAUGGAACAGGUUAUGGCAUACUCAAGGCGUGCCAUGUGUUGGAGCUGUGGUGGUGUCAUGUCAUCCUAAAUGACCAUGCCUCACGGAAAUUUGGAAUUGGCCUACUACGUGAUCAAGUCCAAUAUAUGAAUGUUUAUUUAUGUGAUCAGUUUCAUACGAAUUGCAUUUUAAUGCAAAGAAAGAGAUAAUGCCAACUUUUGAUGCGAGAACUGGACUUCUCCUUCAUAGGCAUAUCUUGAAAGCCUUACAAAUGCAUUGCUUGGAACUUGAGGUAGUAGGUAGUGGAAUGUACAUCUUGCUUUUAGUGGCAAAAAGGUGCCGUAUUGUGUUUUAUAAAAGCUGCUGCAUGUAUAGUUAUUGCUUAGUUAUCCAGAAAUCCCCUUCUAGUAUGUUGCAACAAUAACGGGAAAACUGUCUUUCCAAAUAUUGAAUUAUUCCAGCUGCACCAGCUGCCUUGAAGGUUUUUGUAUACCUUUGUGUGUGCAUUUUCAUGGACGUAAAGUAACACAAAGCAAUUUCAGGGUGGCUGUUCCACACACACACAAGUCAUUGGUCAACCUGUACAGGUUUUUUUUAACUGUGUCAUUUAUGUACAGACUCUCAAGUCUGCAUUACUAACAAUAAUAUUACACUUUUUACUUCAUCUGAUUCUCUUUACUAAAAACAAAAGCAAACAUGCAUGGCAUUUUUUAGAGUUACCAAGUGCACACACAUGUAUCUUCCGAGCACACAUUGCUUUGAGUGGCAGAAUCACUUAUUAACCUUCUCAAAUGAAUACAUCUCUCUCAAGAGAGUCCUGUAAUAGCAUGUUGAGUUUCAUUAUCUCACCACAAACCUGUUCAAAAGCCAAAGUGGUGGUUUCUGCCGACAGAUUUCUUGUUUAAGUGUAUAUUCAAACCGCAGAUUUGGUAUUAAUCUGUGGUUCUAUUUAAUCUGUGACCCAGAAUUCCAAAAUCAGGCUAGAGAAUUGUAAGCUCUUCACUCAGUGGAAAAGAAUACCAAUAUACUCUGGAACAAUGCAGAUGCCACAACUCUCAAUGCCCACAACUACCAAAGCUUGCUGCAGAAAAAAAAAUGUUACUUUGGAUUAUUUUGAAGUACGAAAAUUAACACAAGGGAGACAAAUUGUUGGACAUUAAAAUGACCUACUGCAGCCUGGGAAGGAUGGAUCACAGUUCAUUUAUGCACAAAAAAAAAUACACAGACACGUGUAGUUUAUUUUAGCACCAAACGUGUAAGUCAUUCUGUCAUUUUUUUGUUUACAGAUCUCAAAUCUUAUCUCUAUUUUAUUUGAUAUGGCUUCUUCUUAAUUGUUUUACUUUCUCCCAGAUCGCAGGGAAUAUAUUAGAAUAUUAAUUUUCACAUAAGACCAAAUCAUAAAAAUACUACUUUAUAAUGUCUCCAGGAGAAGUUAUUUUUAGUUUUUGCUCACAGGAAGCAGUCACAUGCAGUUCAGUGGAAAUAAAUUUAGGUGAUUUAACUGUUGCCAGAAACAAAGGUUUACCUUACCUCGAAAAUGAACAUUACAAUUUUUCGGCCAUGUGUUGAUUUGUAUAGUUACCCCAUUUGAGUCCUUUUUUUGGUUGAUUCUAAAACUGUUUUCUUGCAAGCAUACCUUCUUUUUGUUCAGUGCUUCGAAUGAAGACGGCCCAAAAGCAAAAAAUUAGUUUAUUAUGUAGUACAUGACGUUGUGUCAUUCCUUUUAGUGAAUUCUUUUAUGUUGCAUUCCCUAUUUGAUCAAAGGUCAAAUAGUGUUGGAUGGUAGAGUGUAAACAUGACCUAAUACAAUGGUGACUUCAGUUGAACCACAUUUAUUGCUAAAGUGAUAAUUUCGUUCAUUUGAAUGCUUAAAAAUCUCGCCUUGCAUGCCAAAUUGUAUUACUUUUAGUUAAUGCCCAAUUCACUUUUUGCUUUUAACUUAAUUAUUUUACAGUGACAUCAACAUUCGAUCAAUCUAAAUUGUAACAGUAAUGAAAAAUAAAAUAUUAUCCACAGUA